UGCUGGGCAGAGUCAUUUACCAAUCGUCGGUUGCAGGCGAACGAAUUGUGUCAAACAGUGAGUGAAUAUUUGAGUGAUUUACUCGAUUGUUUGACAGACAGACAGACAGGCAAGCAGGCAGACAAACAAACACGGGGAGUGCUACAUUUGAUGUGACGUGAAGUGGAGUACAUAGCAAAAAAAAACAAAUAACAAACCAUUUAACGAGGAAGUUACAGUGAAUAAGCGCUUGAGUGGGCACUUGAAAUUACCGAAAUGUUCGCAUUUAAGCUCUCGUGUGCGUUGGUGUGUAGUUUGGUUGUACUAAGUUGGUUAGGAGCAACGGCAGCCGUGGUAAUACCGGCCAACCAGGCCCAACACAAUUUCGUGAGAUACAAUGUUCAUUAUGAAUACCCCAUCCAGCAGAGGCCGGUAGCAUUGGCACCUCAAACGUAUCCGGCACCACCGAAAUUCCAGCAAAAUCUAGUGUAUUACAAAAAUCCUGAAGUGCGUCUGGUACCACGCCAACAGUAUGCGCAACAAGCCGUGCAGGCACCCAGUGCUGCCGAACCCAAAAAUCUCAUUUAUGUUUUAGUUCAAGAUCCCAAUUACAGUCCCCGCCCAAUACAACAACAGGCUAGCCAACAGAUCUAUCGUCAGGUCUAUCAAAAUCCACAGCUCCGCUACGUUACAUACAACACUCAACCGGCAGCCCAGCCAGUCUAUCAGAAGCCCGAGGUUCGCUAUGUUACCUACAACCAACCGGCCGAUGCUGAACGAAUUAAAGCUCAGAUCAUUCAACAAUACGGAGGCAAUGUUCAAAUCUCGUACUCUGGCUAAUGCUGUUGUUUGCAUUCAAAUUAUUUUUCAUUUUUUUUUUUUUUGUUUUCAAUAAAUGUCAUUCAGCAGAUAACUUACUGUACAGAAGUCUGUGUUAAAUGCAAAUU